AUGAAGAGUGUAAAAGAAGCCACAAAAAGCGACUACGAGGUGCUUUGUGAUAGCCAAGGAAGGGAGUAUUACUACAAUAAGAAGACACGAGUGUCUAGCUUUGCAAAGCCCGAUGUACUUAAGGGUUCAGAUGAGCAGUUUGAGCAGAAUCCAUGGAUUGAAUGCAGAAGUUCAAAAGGAAAGAUGUUUUAUCACAACACAGUCACUAAGGAGAGUAGAUGGAUAAAGCCCAAAAACAUUAACACUCUGAAUAAGACCGAACUGUGUGGGAUUGGAACAUCCAUGAAGAUAACAGAUGCCGAGGUAUCACAGUACCUUAUUAACAGGUUAAUUGAGCAAUACAAUAUAUCGGGAAUGAAGGAUGGAUUAUACAAGUUGUCCACAGAGUCAAUUUUCAGAGCAAUUGAUAUACGUAAUAGAAAUGAGAUAUUAAGAAAGUGUUUGACAGAUAAAGAAGCAAGAGAAAUGGAUGAGAGACAUAGAAUGCAAAAGUACUACGUGGACGAGAUAUGCAAGAUGAAAGUAGAGGCACCUGACUUUUUUGGAUUCAAUAAUGUGCUUUCGAAGCAUCCUUAUUACAUAGGCAUUGAAAACAAGUUUGCAUGUUAUGAAGAAUACAUUCAGAAUAACGAAGGAGGAGUAACAAGAUCUGAACUUGAAUUGAUCUUCCAUAACUACGGAGUUGAAUUGAGUACGUCGGUUAUUGAAGUGCUUGGAUUGAAUGAAGUACAGAAGUUUGAUAGGAAAGAUGUUUUGCUUGCAUUCAUCAAGUACUUCAAGGCAUUGCAAAGGAAAUUCAUGAUAAACAUUCAAAAUGUAAAAAGUGAAAUGAUAUGCAAUGCAAAUCGCUGGAAAGCUCCGUUUGUAAGUAUGCUUGAGGAUAUGUACAGAAAGGGAAGAAUACACUAUAAAAUGAAGUUCAAGAAUGCAUUCCAUGUAUUCAAAGACUCCAAACCGUUUCAGGAGCUUCUUGCUGGUGAUGAAGACAUCAAGGAAAUAUACUUUAAGUUCAUGAAUGAUCUAGAGCAUAGGCUAGGUAGAUAUAUACAAGGUCGAGACAGAGAGGUUGUACCAGAUGCAACAGACAGGAGAGCCAUCGACAUGUACUUCCAAUCCAUACAGGAAGAAAAGGAAGAAGGUGAAAUAUGA